CUCAUACCCUCACGAAAAACUUGACGCCCGAUCCCCUCGCACCUACACCCGCCCUGUUCCGCAAUGUCCAGCUCGAGAAACCAAGUCUCCAGCGUAGGGCACGCCUACUCGACGCCGACGCUCAUUUCAGCUUUGUAGCACCGUUCCCCUCAUCGUUUCCAUACAAGAUUUCGCCUCCUGAGGGGAAGAACCUGUCGACCAAACGGCGCUGGUCGAGAAAUGGCUGGCUGGGAGAGAACCUGUGGAGGAGCGCUCCAAGGAAGAAGCCGCUAAGGACACUCCUCUUCGGAAAUAUUAUCCUGACCCGUCAGCUGUGGGUGACAGACCCGUGCAACUGAUAAGUUUAUCAGAGACUGGACUACGGGACUGUCUCCCUCGGCUAGACGUAGGAGACGCGUUCGCACUCCUGGGCACGCCAAGUCUGUUGCCGCCAAACCAAGAAGAAGUAGCCCAGACGGAUCAGGAAAACGCCGCACGUCAAGAGCUUGUUGAAGUGCUCAGCGGAUCUGUGAUGCUGGCGAACUACGACAUCGACCCGGACAAGGGCUGGGCUCCGUGGUCACUGCGUUACAGCGGUCAUCAGUUCGGCGUGUGGGCAGGCCAGUUGGGCGAUGGGAGGGCUAUCUCUCUGCGUAUGUGUGCUCCUCCGAGCAGCUUUGGCAACGCCGCAUCCCGCCGCUGCAGAGCUCACAUAUGAGAUUCAGCUCAAAGGCGCAGGACGCACUCCCUUCUCGAGGAGUGCCGAUGGACUGGCUGUGGUCCGCUCCUCAGUUCGGGAGUUUCUGUGCGCGGAAGCCAUGCAUGCCCUGGGCAUACCUACCACCCGCUCACUCAGCAUCAUUGCACUUCCAUCCAUCCCUGUCAUUCGUGAGCGUAUAGAAUCUGCAUGCGUUGUCAGCCGCCUCGCGCCAUCCUUCAUUCGCAUUGGCAACUUUGAAGCCCUAAACCCACCUGAACACAUAUCCUUCUUGGGUGGUGGCCAGCAAGGUGCUAGUUAUGAAGCCCUACGCAAGUUGGGCGAAUGGGUUGGGGAACGGGUGCUCAGGUUGCCGAUCAAUUGGGAAGCCGGUGAAGCUUGGGUAAAAGAGCUCGUUAUGGAGUCUGCCCGGAGGAAUGCCAAGAUGGUUGCGGGAUGGCAGGCGUACGGGUUCAUGCACGGUGUUAUCAAUACCGACAACGUCUCAAUUCUGGGCCUUACCAUUGAUUAUGGUCCUUACGCGUUCAUGGACGUCUUUAACAAUUAUCACAUCUGCAACCACAGCGAUGGAGAAGGGAGGUACAUGUAUCAGGCUCAACCAUCUGUCGUCCUGUAUGCUCUCCGGGCUCUUCUCAGCGCUCUGGCUCCCCUUAUCGGCUCAGAAGCCGCGCAGGGUAACAAGGCUGUGGGUCCUGGCUGGGCGGAUAAUGCGACCCCUGACCAGAUUUCUGAAUGGAGCAAGCGAGGCCGAGAGCUCGUUCUCAGGGGGCUAGAGGACCUAUUUCAGGAUGUUUGCGCCGAGGAAUACAGACGGCUCAUGCACAAGCGCCUCGGGCUGCGCCGCCUAGAUGGCCAGGACGAGUCGAGGCUCUCGCGCCCGCUGCUGGAUCUCAUGGCCGACCACAAGCUGGACUUCCACUCCACGUUCCGCCGCCUAGCGUACUUCCGUCCGGCCAUGGCGAGGCCCGCCGAGGGCAGCGACGGCGAGAACCCGGUGCUGGAACAAUUCGUCAAGUCUAUUCUGAGCUUGACGCCCGAACCCGGGAUGGUCGACGCACUCAAAGCGACGUCCGACGUCAAGGCUUGGCUGAAAACCUAUGCUGAGCGCAUCGAGAGCGAGCGGGGAGAGUGGGAGGGUGCGGGCGAUGUCGAUGCCGCCCGAGAGCGUGCCAUGCGGGCCGCAAAUCCGAGGUUCGUCUUGAGGCAGUGGGUCCUCGAGGAGGUAAUCAAGAAGGUUGAGGGCGACUAUGAAACGGGAAAGCGUAUUCUUGCGAAGGUUCUGCAGAUGGCGUGUGACCCCUUCGAGUCCUGGGGCGACGAGGACGAUCCGACGCCGGAGGAAUCGCUCGACCCCGAGAUUCGAGAAGAAAGACGCUAUUGUGGCAUUGGCGAAAAGAAAAUGCUUGGCUUUCAGUGCAGCUGCUCGAGCUAGAUCGUAUUCGAGGCUUUGAGCGGUAAUGGAAAAUAUUAUUAUAUUCGAACUACCCUAGUUAGGAUCCUAUCUACUUCGUGUACAGUAUGAUUACAAUGAUGACCGAUAUCCGUGCUGCAAAUAUAG